CCCAAAUUUACCUCACCCACAAGAAAAGCACAAGUCACACACCUCCCAUAAAUUUCAUACCCCUCCCUCUCCCUCUCCCUCUCCCUCCUCUUCUUUUUCUCUCCUAUACUCCCUUUAGACCAAACCAUCUUUUUUAUCCUUCAUAUUCUACUCACAAGUCAUAAGAAACAAGUUUCAUUCAAAAACAAUUAGUGAGAUCAAUCCUUCACCUUUUAUAUAUUAUCAUCAUAACAAUACCUAGCUUCCAACCAUAUAAACUAUCUUAUAUAUAGUUAUAUUAUACCAAGUACCAACAAAACAACUUGGUUCUUCAUCACCCUAUAAGUUUCCCCUACCACUCUUUCCUCUUAGUCUUCUCCAUAUAUCAUCAUUCUCUCAUUCUUUUUUCUUUUGUUUUAUUACCUUAUAUAAGAAAGAUAAUUAUAUCCUAAAGAUGAGAACAGGAAACUGUUCUUUGCAACAAGGCCUAACUGUAGAGGCUGCAAACAUAGUAAAGCAAGCAAUAACCCUCGCGAAGCGUCGCGGCCAUGCUCAAGUAACACCCCUCCAUGUAGCAAACACUAUGCUUAGUGUUACUAAUGGUUUAUUCAGAACAGCUUGUCUUCAAUCUCAUUCUCACCCUCUUCAAUGUAAGGCUUUAGAGCUUUGUUUCAACGUUGCAUUGAAUCGCUUGCCCGCGACAACUUCUAGCCCUAUGUUGAGUUCUCAUCAUUCUCAGCAGUCUCAGUCUCAGUAUCCUUCUAUCUCAAAUGCUUUAGUUGCCGCUUUUAAGCGCGCUCAAGCUCAUCAACGCCGUGGAUCGAUCGAGAAUCAACAACAACCACUUUUGACGGUGAAGAUCGAGCUUGAACAACUAAUUAUUUCAAUUUUGGAUGAUCCUAGUGUUAGUAGGGUUAUGAGAGAAGCAAGAUUUAAUAGUACUCAAGUCAAAAGCAAUGUUGAACAAGCUAUUUCUUUGGAAAUAUGCUCAAACAAUAACAAUCCUUCUUCAUUGAGUGGAAAUUCAAAUGAAAACAAUAAUCUAACUCCUUCUCCUUCUCAAGGUGGAGAGAAAGUUUCAAACAAAUCAUUGGUAGUAUUGGAUCCAAUUAGGGUUGAGGAUAUCAAUAGUGUUGUGGAUAACUUGAAAAUGAAUCAAAGAAAAAGUAUUGUGGUUGUUGGAGAGUGUGUGUCUAAUCUUGAAGGUGUAGUAAAAGGAGUGAUGGAUAAAUUUGAUAAAGGGGAUAUUGUUGACGAGUCUCUUAAAGGUGUCAAGUUUAUUUCUCUUUCUCUUUCUAAUUUUAUCAAUGUUUCAAGGGUAGAAGUUGAGCAAAAAGUUGAAGAACUUAAGGGACAUGCAAAAAAGAGUUAUCAUGGAAAAGGGUAUGUUUUGUAUCUUGGAGAUCUUAAAUGGUUGUUUGAUUAUAGAAAGCAACAAGGGAUUAGAGGUUAUUAUUGUCCAAUAGAACACAUGGUAAUUGAGAUUGGAAAAAUUGUUAAUGGUUUUGGACAAAGUAGUGGAAGGUUUUGGUUGAUGUGUAUUGCUACUUUUCAAGGUUACAUGAGAUGUAAAAAUGGACAACCAUCACUUGAAACUAUUUGGAAUCUUCAUCCUAUCACUAUCCCCGCUGGAAGUUUGCGUCUCAGUCUCAUCAUUCACAGUGGAGCAGAUAAAAAUGUGUGCAGAAAAGAGAAAGCUGACAAUAGAACUAGUUGGCUAUUACAUGAAGGAGUUGGAGAUGAUGAGAUUGAAAAGGAAGAAUCAGGUUGUUUUAUGGAACCUUCAACAAAAAUUGAGAACGAAGUUAGAAGUUUGCAAAGCAGUGGUUGUAAUAGUGAUUCAUCAACUUCAUGUCUUCCUGCAUGGCUACAACAAUACAAAAAUGAAAAUAAAGGAAUCAACAAUCAUCAGAAGUGUGUCCAAGUGGGAGAGGUUUGCAAAAAGUGGAACUCAAUGUAUGGUUCAAUCCAAAAUCAACCCUAUCAAUAUUGUGACAAAACCCUCACAUUAUCUUCACUAUCACCUUCUUCAUCCAAUUCAGGUUUCUCAUAUGAGCAACAACAACACUCACAAAGUGAUCACUAUUUUUGGAUCUCCAAAAGUGGAAGCAAAUCCAAUGAACCUUCUUUGCAAACCUACAUUCCAGAGAGUAAUAACACUAACCCUAAUUCAACAUCUUCUAGUGACCUUAUGGAAAUGGAGCACAUAAGCAUGUUCAAAGAACUCAACUUAGAGAACAUGAAAACCCUAACCAAUGCUUUGGAGAAAAAGGUUCCAUGGCAAAAAGAUAUCAUACCGGAAAUCGCGAGCAUGGUCUUGCAAUGUAGGUCAGGUUUGGUAAAAAGAAAAGGGAAAGUGAGAAACAUUGAUGAUGUUAAAGAAGAAACAUGGUUGUUUUUUCAAGGUGUUGAUAUAGAAGGUAAAGAGAAAAUAGCUAAAGAAUUGGCUAGGGUUAUUUUUGGAUCCUACAAUAAUUUCAUUUCAAUAUCAUUGAGUAGUUUUUCUUCAACAAGAGCUGAUUCAAGUGAGGAAAGUAGAAACAAAAGAUCAAGAGAUGAAACAAGUUGUAGUUACAUUGAAAGAUUUGGUGAUGCAAUCUCAAGCAACCCUCAUAGGGUUUUUCUAAUUGAAGAUAUUGAACAAGUUGAUUAUUUUUCACAACUUGGUUUCAAAAGGGCUAUUGAGAAAGGAAGUGUUGUUAAUUCAAAUGGUGAAGAAGUUGGUUUUUUUGAUGCUAUUAUUAUUCUAAGUUGUGAAAGUUUUAGUUCAAGAUCAAGAGCUUGUUCUCCUAAACAAAGAUCCUCUCAUGAAGAAAAUGAUGAUGAUUUUAAUGUUGCUACUUUGGAAGAGACAAGUUCUUAUGUUUCUUUGGAUUUGAAUAUUUCUAUUGAUGAUGAUUACAGUGAGGAUGAUGAUAGGUCGGUUGAUGAGAUUGGUCUACUAGAAUCCGUAGACAGAAAGAUUCUCUUCAAAAUUCAGGAAUUGUGAAGAGAAAGAAUUUCAUGAACACAUAAUUAUUAAUCUUUUUUUUUUUCUUCUCCUUUUCUAGUUAGCAUCUUCUCUUAAUUAAUGUUUUCUUUUGUAUUUUGAAACAUUGAUUUCAUAGGGAGGUAUGGAAAAAAGAUUGUUUUUAAUUUCAUUAUUAUGUAACUAGGUGUAUAUAUAUUAGCAUGGUAUAUCAACUAUUUAUGUUACAGGAAUUUGGAAUUUUCUAUCUAUCA